UGCGGUCAAGAUGAUGCAGCAAUUUUAAGCGCUCUACCGCGGUGCGCGUGUAAUUUACGCGCUCUCUCUCGAGGGGCUGAGCUAGCGUGGUAAAGGCUAAAGGGAAAGGGAGGUCUUGUCGUCAUGAGUCGAGCGGCGCACAACCCCCACGGCAUAAAGCCGGUGGACCUUGAGGACAUAUGGGGAGACCUCUCUAAUGGAAUAAGGCGAAUAUACAGCCAGCAGAGCAUGCCAAAGAAGAGAUAUAUGGAGCUCUAUACACAUGUGUAUAACUACUGCACCAGUAUCCAACAGCCGGUUCACGGAGCCAGCAUAGCUCCUCCACUGAAACAGGGCAGAGGAAGGAAGGGGGCAGCUGCCGCUAGCGUUGCCAGUGGGGCUCAGUUUGUGGGAAUCGAGCUCUACUCUCGAUUGAGAAAGUUUCUGAGGACCCAUCUCUCAUCCAUUGAGCCUAGGGGAGAAGGGCUCCACGGCGAACUGGUUCUCAAGUUCUACACAGAAGCCUGGGAGGAGUUUCAGUUCUCCAGUCGUGUUCUGAACGGGAUCUGCCAGUACCUCAACCGUCACUGGGUGAAGAGAGAGAACGACGAGGGAAAGAAAGACAUUCACGACAUUUACUCUCUUUCGUUGUUGACGUGGAAGGAUUGCAUCUUCAAGCCAAUGCACGUGGGGGUCACGAAUGCAGUGCUGGAGUUGAUAAAACGGGAGCGAAACGGAGAAACGAUCAACACGAGACUCAUCAGUGGCAUGGUCGACUCUUACGUUGAACUAGGGAUCAAGCCAGAAGCACCGCAGGCAAAGGGCCAAAACUUGACCAUCUACAAGGAGUCCUUUGAGGAUGGAUUUCUCGCCGAUACAGAAUGCUACUAUGCGGCAGAGAGUGCCUCGUUUCUAGAGAACAACCCAGUCACCGAAUACAUGAAGAGAGUUGAGCAGAGAUUGCGGGAAGAGCAGAAAAGAGUGUCAGUGUAUCUACACCAAAGCACACAGGACGAGCUUGCGGCAACGUGUGAAACGGUACUCAUACAACACUAUCUCGAAGUCUUUCUCUCGGAGUUCAACAGUCUCCUGCACAACGAACGUGACAAUGAUUUGGCGAGAAUGUACACCCUGGUGUCCCGGCUGGCCGAGGACAGAGGUAGAGACGAACUGCAGGACAGGUUUCGAGUCACACGUCCACUCACAGGGAGUGGCCGCCGUCGAGAAAUGCGGACAAUCGGCUCAGAAUGACCCCAAACUGUAUGUACAUGCGCUCCUCGAGGUACACAACAAGUACAAGAUAAUGGUGGAGGCAGCAUUCAAGGGAGACACCGGGUUCAUACAGGCUCUGGACAAGGCGUGCGUGAGGUUUGUCAACACUAAUGCUGUGACGGAAGGAACAAAGGCAUCAACGCGAUCACCUGAACUUCUGGCAAGAUUCUGCGACUCACUGCUUCGAAAGAGUGCCAAAAAUCCAGACGAGACAGAAAUGGAUGAAGCACUUCAGAACGUGAUGGUGAUAUUCAGGUACGUGGAGGACAAAGAUGUCUUCCAGAAGUUCUACUCGAAACUACUGGCCAAGAGACUGGUCCAGCAGAACUCUGCCUCGGAUGACGCUGAGGCCAGCAUGAUCUCAAAACUAAAGCAAGCGUGUGGUUUUGAAUACACCAGCAAGCUGCAGAGGAUGUUUCAGGACAUGAGUCUCAGUAAAGACCUCAACGAGAGAUUCAAGAAUCGCAUCGCUACCUCCGGUGAACCGCUGGACGUUGAUUUCUCGAUAAAUGUCUUGAGUUCUGGGUCGUGGCCAUUUCAACAAGGACCUCCUUUCGCUCUCCCUCUUGAGUUGCAGAAGAGCCAGCGACGGUUUGUGGAGUUUUACUCCACGCAGCACAACGGGAGGAAGCUAAACUGGCUCUACCACUUGAGCAAGGGUGAGCUGGUUACCCACUGUUUCAAGAACCGCUACACACUUCAGGCAUCAACGUACCAGAUGGCCGUCUUGCUGCUCUUCAACAAUCACGUGACUAUAAGACUGGGCGACUUCGAAUCCGUCACACAACUGAAACCAGAUGUAGUGAAGCAGGUCAUAGGUACGUUAAUAAAGACAAAGCUCUUGGUAACUGAAGAUGAACAUUUAUCAUCGACUUCAGUACUUCAAGUGAACCCCAACUACAAAAGCAAAAAGUUGCGGGUGAACAUCAUCGUUCCUGUAAAGGCCGAGCAGAAACAGGAGCAAGAGGCCACACACAAGAACGUAGAAGAAGACAGGAAGCUUCUCAUCCAGGCUGCCAUAGUUCGGAUCAUGAAGAUGAGGAAAGAACUAAAGCACCAACCGUUACUAGCGGAAGUUUUCCAACAACUGUCGUCUCGAUUCAGACCAAAAGUGCCCGUAAUCAAAAAAUGUAUCGAUAUAUUGAUCGAAAAAGAGUUUUUGGAACGUGUAGAUGGAGCAAAAGAUACAUACAGAUACUUAGCCUGAUCUCUUUCUCUUCAUUUCACCUAUGUAUACUCACAUAAUAUUUUGCAAAUUUUAUUACUGUUCAGUUUGUGUAUAUAUAAUUAUAUAUAAUAUAUAAACAUUAAACACUACAACCAAGCUGGUCCUCGAAAACAAAACUACAUAAUAAGGCAUACAGCUAGAUUAGUAAAAGAUACAAGAUUUGCACAAAAACGUACUGGAUUUUGAGACAAAACUAUACUUUAAUUAUAGUGGUACUACAUACACACUGUUAGUUCAGUAUUACUGUUGAAGGCACUGCUGUGGCAUACCUCUGCAGUAGUGUGAAUGAGAGAAGAGAGAGAAAAGAACUCCAUAAAAGCACAAAUUCUUAACUAACACCACUAUACAGUGAAACCUCCGAAUAAAGGACACCUCUCUCUAUAAAGGACGCUUGGUUCUGCCCCAUACUAAUACAUUAGUGUACUGUACUACCUCCGAAUAAAGGCUGCCUCUGAAUA